AUGCGCAACCUGAGGUGUGUGCGGAACGCCGUCCGCAAAAUCCCCGCGGACGCCCUGCCGCUCACUGCAACAGCAUGGGACACUUCCGCAGACUCGCUAAUCUGCACCUUUGGCCCAUCUGAGUCAAGUGCUGUCAUCGAGCUCAAGCGCCUGGUCGACGACCAAAGCACCGCCCCAGACGCCUUCGGCCUGAUAGCCUCCUGGGAUGCCCCGUGCCCUCUGCCAGAGCUGUCCUGCGACAAAGUUUUAAGUCUGCACUAUUUCCCGGACUCGCUGUCAGCAUGCCUCGUGCUCGCAGGCGGCGACAUUGUCAUUGUCCGGGAAGAGCCCAUGCACGGUGAGGACAUGAUCGAAAUCGUCGGUUCCGUCGAUGCUGGCAUCACGGCCGCCGCUUGGUCGCCCGACGAAGAGCUCCUGGCCAUCACCACUCGUGCCAAUACGCUUCUGUACAUGACCCGCGAUUUCGAGAAUGUCUCCAACAUCACCUUCACCCCAGAGGACAUCAAGGCCUCGAACCACGUGUCCGUCGGAUGGGGCAAGAAAGAGACGCAGUUCAAGGGCAAGCGUGCCAAGGCCCUCCGCGACCCUACUAUGCCAGAGAAGGUUGAUGAAGGUCUCCUGAGCUCUCUGGAUGACGGAAGCGUCACCAUUACCUGGAGAGGAGACGGUGCCUAUCUCGCCGUCAACUCUGUCGAGUCGGAGAAGAGGCGUAUGAUCCGAGUCUAUUCGAGAGAAGGCGCUCUCGACAGCGUGAGCGAGCCGGUCGACUACCUCGAGGGUGCCCUUAGCUGGCGGCCCGCAGGUAACAUCAUCGCCGGUGUGCAGCGGCGCGAGGACCGCAUCGAUGUCGUGUUCUUUGAGCGUAACGGCCUGCGCCACGGAGAAUUCAGCCUCAGACUGACACCAGAUGAGAUGAAGAGCUGGGGCAGCAACAUCACGCUCGCCUGGAACACUGACUCUACCGUUCUUGCCGUCUGCUUCAAAGACAGACUUCAACUUUGGACUAUGGGCAACUACCACCACUACCUCAAGCAGGAGAUCCGCCUCAGUGAAGAUCUGAGCUUGGCUUCUGCUGUGCAGCCUCGGUGGAACCCUGAAAAGGCAUUGAAGCUGGCACUUUCCACACCUUACACUUCGGAAAGCCUGGAGUAUGUUUUCUCUGUGGCAGGUUCUUCUGCAGUUCAACCCAACGACUUCGGCACAGUUGCCGUUAUCGAUGGCAGAACACUGAAAGUCACGCCUCUGCGGCUUGCCAAUGUUCCCCCGCCGAUGGCCCUACAUGAAGUACUGCUUGAGGGCAACGCGGUCGAUGUGGCUAUUAACUCCUCGAGCACUCUCAUUGCAGUCCUGCACGAGUCUGAAGUCUGUGUGUACCGCUACAACAUCUCAAGUAAAGAAGCACAAGAUCCAAUUCUCGAGACACGCUGUACUCUGGAAGAUUCUGCCGCCAAACCUCGUCAAGUCACGUUCCGUGGCGAUUCGGAGAUUUUCGUCCUCCUUGACAAUGAGGAUAUCGGCGAAAGUAUUGUCUGCUACAAGACUCUGGACCAUGAGGGGUUCACCAUGAUCCCACUGGAUUCUCCUCGGAUACAUACCGCAAUGGCUUCUGUUGAUUACAGCAAAUUCUGCACCAUGGAUGAAGGUGGCUCAGUGUCAUGCAUCGAUUCAGAUGUCCUGGACGGGCCGUCGCCUAUCUCCAAGUUUCCGGUUCGGCCAGCAUGGAUUGAGGUGGUGUCGCAUGACGAUGAGGACAUUGCAUUUGGUCUGACCGCAAACGGGUCACUGUAUGCCAACUCAAGACUUUUGGUUAAAAACUGCACUUCUUUUAGAGUCACUCCAGCACACCUUGUCUUUACCACAACACAACAUCUCCUCAAAUUCGUGCACCUCGCCCCUGUUGAAGAACUUGAGGUUCCUCUCGACGAGCCGGAAAAGGACGAACGCUGCCGUAGCAUUGAGCGAGGUGCUCGCCUAGUCUCAGUGAUGCCAUCCUCUUACUCUGUUGUUCUUCAGAUGCCCAGAGGCAACCUCGAGACCAUCUUCCCUCGAGCCUUGGUCGUUGCAGGAAUUCGUAAGAGCAUCGCGGAGAAGAAGUACAAGAGAGCUUUUAUGGCUUGUCGUAACCAGCGAGUCGACAUGAACAUCCUUCAUGACCACAUGCCAGAACAAUUCAUGGCAAGCAUUCAACUCUUCCUCGACCAGCUCAAGAAAUUCACGCACGUUGACCUAUUUCUCUCCCAAUUACGAAAUGAAGACGUGACGCAAACAAUGUACAAGGAGACCGUGAAGAAGCCAAGCACCGGCACCACAACCAAUGGCACUCCAGCCAACGAAUCAAGAUUCGAUGUCUCUACCAAGGUCAACCGGAUCUGUGACGCUUUCCUCGCAGUUCUUCAGAAGCGCACAGAGACAAAUCUUCAAAACAUCGUCACAGCAAAUGUUUGCAAGACUCCCCCCGACCUUGAAGGUGGACUUGGUGUCGUCGCAAAGCUUAGAGAGCAAGACACCAGCCUGGCAGAGAGGGCAGCUGAACACAUUUGCUUCCUCGCAGACGUCAACCAGCUUUACGAUCACGCGCUCGGAAUGUACAACCUCGACGUAGCGCUUCUCAUUGCGCAGCAGUCGCAGAAAGAUCCCAGGGAGUACCUUCCGUACCUGCAGAGCCUCCAGGAGAUGGAACAACUCCGUCGCCAGUUCACCAUCGACGACAAUCUCGGCAGGCGGGUGAAGGCAAUUGGGCAUCUUUACGAGCUGGAUGCGUUCGACGAGCUCAAGGCGUACGCGGAGAAGCACGAGCUGUACAGCGAUGCGAUCGCGCUGCACAAGUACAAGCCUGACAGGCUGAAAGAGAUCAUGAAGCUCUACGCAAGGUAUCUCGACAGUCGGAACAGGUUCAAAGAGGCGGGCAUCGCAUUCGAGUACCUCUCCGACUACGCCUCCGCCACGGAAGCCUACCGCGCGGCCAACAUGUGGCGCGAGUCGCUCUCGUGCGCAACGGCGGUGCCGCUGCCGGCAGAAGAGCUCCAAUCGCUGGCCGAGGCGCUGGCGGAGGGACUGACGGAGACGAAGGAGUUUUACGCGGCGGCGACGGUGCAGCUCGACUACCUCGACGACCUGGAGGCGGCGGCGCGCACCUUCUGCAAGGGCUACUUCUUCGCCGAGGCGAUGCGCGUCGUCGGCUUGCGGCGGCGGCUCGACCUCGUCGAGGCCGUCGUCGACCCGGGCCUGGUCGAGGGCUCGGCGGCCAUGACGGAGCUGCUGGCCGACUGCAAGGGCCAGGUCAACGCGCAGGUGCCGCGGCUUCGGGAGCUGCGCGUCAAGAAGCAGGAGGACCCGCUCGCCUUCUUCGACGGCGCGGAGGCAUCCGGUGGUGCGGAUAUCCCGGAUAACGUGUCGCUCGCGCCUACGGACGCGACGACGUCGGCCGGCACGUUCAUGACGCGUUACACCAACCGCAGCGGCACGACGCUGAACACGGCGACGACGCGCAAGACAAGCAAGAACCGCCGCCGCGAAGAGCGCAAGCGCGCGCGCGGCAAGAAGGGCAGCGUCUACGAGGAAGAGUACCUCGUCAACUCGAUCGGCCGCUUGAUCGAGCGCGUCAACCAGGUCAACGAAGAGGUCGCCCGCCUCGUCGAGGGCCUGAUGCGCAGGGGCAUGCGCGAGCGCGCUGCCGCUGUCGAGGUUGCCAUGGAGGAGGUCGUGGCCCUGUGCCGCGGCUGCGUGGAUGAAGUGUAUCAGGUCGAGAAGAAGGAGGUCGUUGCCGUGACGCAAGAGGACGGCGGCGGCGAGGAGGUGCCUGUGGCGGGGGCGGAUGGGGUGUACUGGGAUGCGGUGAUGGCGGAGAAGAGGAAGAAGGAGCCGCCGGUUGUGAAGGCGUUUGAGCGGUUGUCGUUGGUGGGUUGA